CGAGCUCACGCGUCCCGCGCGGCCCGGCUGACGCGAGUUCCUGGGCGUGGUUUAUCCGCGUUCCUCAACUCUUUCCUCGGGCUGCGGGAGUGUGAGGCUGCCGCUUGUGGAUCGUGGACCGGAGGAAAGACAUGUAUCAGUUAUGCGCCACAGGAGCUAGAGAUCCACUCAGUAACGAGGCCGGUAAACUGUCAUGAUUCCCAUCACUGAGUUGCGAUACUUCGCUGAUACACAGCCGGCGUAUCGUAUCCUGAAACCAUGGUGGGACGUGUUCACAGACUACAUCUCCAUCGUCAUGCUGAUGAUCGCGGUGUUCGGUGGCACGCUGCAGGUCACGCAGGACAAAAUGAUUUGCCUGCCGUGCAAAUGGGUCGUCAACCAGACCUGCGAACAACUCAACGUCAGCGUGCCGCUCAACGCCGAGCCAAAGGGCAUCCAGUACGACCUCGACAGACACCAGUACAACUACGUGGACGCCGUGUGUUACGAGAACAAGCUGCACUGGUUCGCAAAGUACUUCCCGUAUCUGGUGCUGCUGCACACGCUGAUCUUUCUAGCGUGUAGUAACUUCUGGUUUAAGUUUCCGCGGACCAGUUCGAAGCUGGAGCAUUUCGUGUCGAUCCUGCUGAAGUGUUUCGACUCGCCGUGGACGACGCGGGCGCUUUCUGAGACGGUGGUGGAGGAGAGCGAUCCGAAGCCGGCGGGGAAGAUGAACGGCUCGAUGGAUAAGAAAACCUCCAGUGUCAGCGACCAGGAUGUGGAAGCAAGCGUUCCCAUGCUGCAGAGGACCAAGUCCCGCAUCGAGCAGGGCAUCGUGGACCGUUCGGAGACGGGCGUCUUGGAAAAGAAGGAAGGAGAGCAGGCCAAGGCGCUGUUUGAGAAGGUGCUGAAAUUGGAGCUGAUCCCUGAUGUUACGAUCCCGCCCAUAAUCGCACAGCUGUGUAACCUGAGGGAGAUGUGGCUUUACCACACACCGGCCAAAAUCGAGGCUCCUGCUCUGGCCUUCCUCCGCGAGAACCUCAAAUCACUACACAUAAAGUUCACAGACAUUAAGGAGAUCCCACUAUGGAUCUACAGCCUCAAGAACCUCAGCGAGCUUCAUCUGACCGGAAACCUCAGCGCAGAUAACAACCGAUUCAUCGUCAUCGACGGCCUGCGGGAGCUCAAGAGGCUCAAGGUCCUGCGGCUGAAGAGCAACCUCACUAAACUGCCUCAGGUGGUGACGGAUGUUGGCGUUCACUUGCAGAAGCUCUCCAUCAAUAACGAAGGCACCAAACUGAUGGUUCUGAACAGUCUGAAGAAGAUGGUGAACCUGACGGAGCUGGAGCUGCUGCGCUGUGAUCUAGAGCGGAUCCCGCACUCCAUAUUCAGCCUGCACAAUCUACAGGAGAUCGAUCUAAAGGACAACAACUUGAAGACCAUCGAGGAGAUCAUCAGCUUCCAGCAUCUCCACAGACUGGUGUGCCUCAAGCUCUGGUAUAACCAGAUCGCCUACAUCCCCAUCCAGAUUGGCACCCUCACCAACCUGGAGCGCCUCUACCUGAACAGGAACAAGAUCGAGAAGAUUCCUGCCCAGCUCUUCUUCUGCAGGAAGCUGCGUUACCUGGACCUCAGCCACAACAACCUGACCAGCAUCCCUGCAGACAUCGGCUUCCUGCAGAACCUGCAGUACUUUGCAGUGACAGCCAACAGAAUCGAGACGCUGCCACCCGAGUUGUUCCAGUGUAAGAAGCUGCGGACGCUGAAUCUGGGAAAUAACUGCCUUACGGUGCUGCCGUCACGUUUCGGAGAGUUAACCGGCCUCAUGCAGCUGGAGCUCCGCGGGAACCGGCUGGAGGGAUUACCGGUGGAGCUCUCUGAAUGUCGCCUUCUCAAGCGCUCCGGGCUGAUCGUAGAAGAGGAUCUCUUCAACACCCUGCCGCCGGAGGUCAAGGAGCAGCUGUGGAGAACCGAUAAAGAACAAGCCUGAGCGAGACAGAGGAACUCUUAAAGGCACAGUUCACCCAAAAAUGAACAUUUGCUGAAAAUGUACUCACCCUCAGGCCAU